UAUUAAUUUCCAGUAUAGCAUACGCGUCAAAUUCACAAAAAUUAAUAAUAGACCACGAUGGUGGCGCUGAUGAUGCCAUGGCUAUAUUCAUGGCCUUAUUAAAUGAGAAACAUUUUGAUGGACCGAAAGUUGUUGCCAUAACAACGGUUCAUGGAACCGUGAACGAACCACAGGUCUUCGAAAACACUCAAAGGAUUUUGAACAUCGCUGACAGAAGAGAUGUACCGAUAUAUCGCGGAUGUCAAUCAGCACUUAUAAAGGAUUAUCCUACCGAUGCGUAUUAUGGUCAUGACGGCCUUGGAGAUAACUCGACGAAGACCUAUAAGGCAAUCAAAGCCAAGUCUGAUUACGCCUCGGUCGCUAUGAGCAAACUAUCGAAGAAGCACAAAGAUAAAUUAACAAUAGUUACAUUAGGACCCCUCACCAAUGUGGCCGUAGCCAUUAAGUUGGAUCCAGGAUUGCUAUCAAGGAUCUCACAGUUGUAUGUUGCAGCUGGUAAUAUUUACAGUAAUGGAAUGAAACUAGAAUUUAACGUAAAAAUGGACAUAGAAGGUUAUUUCGUCGUUAUUCACAACGGUCUGGCAGAAAAACUUACACUCAUACCGAGUAGAACCAGAAAGUCCCUAAAUUUGGGGAGGAAAUGGCGCAAAGAAACGUUCGGCGUAAUAGACUCGGAUUUAGUCAGAUCUUUAAAUAUAUUCGAACGUAUAUCUCUCCCUAAGAGCAAAGAUUGGGCACCAUUAGGCCCUGUUGCGAUGGCCCUUGUACUGGAUUCAUCGAUUAUAAAGGAAUUAAAGUAUACUCUAAAUGGAAUAUAUUUAUGCGGAAAUUCAAAAGGCAGAAAUACAAAUGAUUUCAAGUCAAAAUCGCCCAAACAAAGAUUUGUGUUUUCCUGCAAUAAGGAGCCGUUUAGGGAAUAUUUGAUUAAAAUAUUUUCGGCUGACAAUAGCAGUCAUGACGACGGUGACAGUGAUGAUGAUGAUCACCAUCACGGUCAGCACCAUCAUCACCAUCAUGAUCAUGACGAUGACGACGAUGAUGAUGAUGAUGGCGAUGAUGAUGAUUAAAUAUAAUAUGU